AUGCCUUCCUACCUUGUCGCACUAGAUGGGGAGAACAUCGUCCUUACCACCGUCCGCAGCAAGCAGAAGUCUACGCAGCUUCAUGACAUUGUUAAUCAGCUACCACACAAGAAGCUACACAUUCUUGAAGCAGACGUAGUCGACAAGCAGGCCAUUCAGGCCGCGGCUACAGAAGCUGCCAGAAUCACAGGCGGCACCCUCGACGUCUUUAUAUACAACGCAGCUCGCGUUGAGUUUGACAACUUACUGCGCGGUCUGCUAGACUACGACAGCGAGGACCAACUCGACGAGGAGUUCAUGCAAUCCCUGAGAGUGAACGUACUCGGACCCAUCCACACCAUCAAUGCAUUCUUGCCUCUGCUUCGCAAAGGCACCAUGAAGAAGAUCAUCAUCAUAGGCAGCGAAGUCGGCGAGCGCGACUUCGUGCGGCGCGUACACCUCUCUGAGAUUGCCGCAUACGGAAUAACCAAGGCCGCCGAGCACAUGGUUGCGACGAAGUACGCUGUCGCGCUUGAGAACGAGGGCUUCACCGUCGUUUCCAUGAGCCCGGGCUUCGUCGAUACGUCUGGAACCCGCAGCGAGCCGGUGUCCGAAUCGGACGUCUCAAGAUUCAGCGACCUCGCGAAGAAACUCUAUGCAGCCUUCCCGAGCACACAGACCCAGCUGACGCCGCAGGUUGGGUUCCAGCGGCUUCUAGUACGCAUUCAGAUCAUAGGGCCUGCCGAUUCUGGGGCCUUCAAACCAUGUCCAGAGUUCGAUAUGACCUAUUUAUAGUUGAUUGGAAUAGCCAGGAUAGUAAUGUCGAACCUUGAAACCUUC